GGUGUGUUGUUAUUCGUUGUCGAUUUCCGCGGCUGGCAACGGUGUGUUAUUUGUAGAUCCGUCGUUAAAAAUAGUUUCCGUCUCAUGCGUCCGUCGUCAAGUGUGACAUCACAGGCAUCGCGUCGAAUUGCUACCUUUCGAGGAGGCGUCCGUUGGUCGUGAUGACGUAGCCCUGAAAGAGUCGUGUGCCAACCGACGGAAGCAGCGGGUUCGAGGCCGUGCGUGUGACCUGGGGCCCGGGGGACCCACGCACCGGCUGCUCCAUGACGCCGCGCGUGACGUCACCGCCCCGCAGAGGCGGCCGGUGUUGGCGUUGAGGAGCGCCGAAGCCGCUCAUUCACGUGUCCGUGCUCGAACAGCGCGCGAGUGCUGUCGUCGUCGUCGUCGAGGUGGUGCAAGUGCGGCAUGGCACCGGGAAGCCGCUCCGGCGCCGGCCGCUUCCAAGAUGAUAGCUCUGAUGACGAUGCGCAGGGAACGCGACGAGACGCGGAGUGAUCGCGAACGCGACGCCGGUGCCGCCGACGAGUUCGUGGACAUCCUGCAGGUGCAACAGCUGCUGUUGGACGGGGGCCGCCGCGAGCCGCCCCCAGCACAGGCCGCCACGUACCCGCCGCCCCCCUAUUACCUAGGACAGGGGUAUGGACAGCCGGCGGCCAGCGUCGACGAUCUCGUCGCGCUUUGGUUCGCCGGCGGAAACACUGCUUCAGGGCCCCCGGCGAGCGCCCCCAACCCGCCGGCCACCAUGAUCAUGGACGGCCUGGACACGCUGCCCGCACAGCACCACCACCACCACCACCAUCAUCACCACUCCGCCUUCCUGCUGACCGAGUCGGCGGCCGCCGCCGCCGCCGCCGCUCACCACUUCAACGUGCUCAGCUUCGACACGUGUCUGUACAAGAGCGUCGCCUCCUCGGUGGACGCCGGCGGCAGCCCCGCGCCCGCCGCCGUCUGCACCGCCGCCGACGAGCCCGCCGUCUCCGAGGCGCAGCCCGGCGACCUCAACACCCCCGUCACCACCUCCAGCGACAUUCCCUCCUUCUUCGGGCCCUCCACCGUCGUCGAACCGCCGCCCAUCACAGGCUCCCUUGACCCGGAGGAGCUCACUUUGGACCAACAACAGCAGCAACAGCAGCAGAUAAGUCCCCACCAUUCACCUUCAGGCAGUCACAUCGGCGAACGUGCAACCCCCCAAGACAGCGCUCUGAGUCCCAGCCUUCGCGAGGAAGAAAACACGAACCACAGCACCCUUAGCAUGUAUCCCACGGGAACAUCUCACGCGAACAACAUGGGAAAAAUGCAUCAUCGAACCGUUUACACAUCAGCGUCGAGUCCAAACAUGUCGGGGAACAUUCAAAUGCAGUCGGUUGAAGGCAUGGCUCAUUCUCCCUCGACGGUGAAUCCGUGGUUGUUGUCCAGCGGGGACAAGCCGAUUUAUCCGGCGAUGUUCGGGCUUUUGGGGCAAGGAAGCUCCCAAUCGCCCCAACAGCAGUACCCUUCAGCAACCCCCAGCCCUGCAGGGACGCAGUACGAGGAACAGCUCAUGAGCAUGGACUGCGGGCUGAAACAACCUCCAAGUUACCCCAGUUGUUCAGCUUCGACGAGUCUCCAGUUAGAGUUGCAACAACAACAGGACUUGGUUUAUUCCCGCGUCGGGCAGCCGCUCGUGGCGAGCACCGCCAAGUACCAAUGGGACUCCCAGGAGUACAGUCCGCAAAGUUCAAGUGCGUUAGUGGUGCCCAGCACUUCGAAUUUAGUACCGAAACAAGAACCGUUCAGUGCGGGGUGUUCGAGUGAAAUCGGCCAACAAUCAAACUCCUCGUACGGUGUGCAGCUAGCAGAGUACAACCCUUCGACGAGUAAAGGCCACGAGAUCCUCUCCCAGGUGUACCAGCAGUCCCCAGUCCCGCUCAAGCUCGUCCCGGUCAAGCCCCGCAAGUACCCCAACCGCCCCAGCAAAACCCCGGUCCAUGAGCGCCCUUACGCAUGUCCCGUGGAGAACUGCGACCGCCGCUUUUCCCGCUCCGACGAGCUCACGCGCCACAUCCGCAUCCACACGGGCCAGAAACCCUUCCAGUGCCGCAUCUGCAUGCGGUCCUUCUCGCGGUCGGACCACCUCACCACGCACAUUCGCACCCACACGGGGGAAAAGCCCUUCUCGUGCGACGUCUGCGGGAGGAAGUUCGCCCGCAGCGACGAGAAGAAGAGGCACGCGAAGGUGCACCUCAAGCAGAGGAUGAAGAAGGAGAGCAAGAUGGGGCAGCAGCAGCAGCAGCAGCAGCAACCCCCGCAACAGCACAUGCAGCACCACAUGCAUGCCAGUCACACGGUGACCAGUGAGGACGGCCUCUCGGUGGUGACGACGACUCUGUGAGAAUUACCCACCGCCGAGUUGGCACCCGGCGAAUGUGUUCUUUUCAUACGCGAUGACUGUGAUCUCGGCACCGACUCCGCUCGGCUCAUCUACGUGCGAAUCGAAUGAAAAGCACAGCGACCUGAAACCAUGAUCUCCGUUUUCAAGGGCUGGCCGACGGGAUACAGGGCCUGGCGAAAGGUUUUCACCAAAGUUUUCCUUUUUACAACCUUGCUUUUGCACAACUUUUUUAACGAAAUUUCCGACCAUUAUACAAAAAAAAGUAUUUUAAGUUAUUAUACAGUCCAAAAGUCCUUCUUAUCUUUCUCAUAUUUUAAUUAAACGAAUUUUUAACUUUUACCAUCAUUUUAAAAAUGCACUCUUUUGAUAUUUACUAAAUCUUGCAUUUACACAACGACCUUACAGUUUUUUACGUGUUUUUUCUAAUUAUGAAAUAGAGAUGCGUUUGUUAAUCGAUUUUAAAGAAUUGUUUUUAGAAGAAUCGUGUUUGUUUCUUUUUUCUUUUAAUACAUUUUUUUAGUACGCCAAUUAUGCGUGAAACAUAAAGUGCUAUAAGUAAUAUGAUCGUAAUUUAAAAACGAAAUUUUGUUUUGUUUUUAAGUUAUACAAAUUUUUUUUAAAAACAAACUACUACGAAUUAUACCUAAUUCAUCUUGGACAAUAAUAUGCAAUUUGACUCGCAAAGGCGCAUUUUUAAAUUAAUGAUUGACUUUAAUUUUUUCUACAAAUCACUUUUUUGUAUUACAAGAAUUUUACAUUUUUACCAGCAUUUUUAAAAGGACUUCGCUUUUUUAAUUUUGGUAAUUCCAUUCUCAUGGUUAAAAUUUUGAAUUCUUUUCGAAUUAAAAUUAGACAAGACCCUUUUUUGUUUUUUUAAUUAAGUUGGUCAAUUAUUAUUAUGGAUCUGUAAAGGGUUAUAAGCACAAUUUUUUUAUGGCAAACUGCUAGGAAAAAUUAUAGUACUUCAUCUUUAAGAAUCUUCUUUACCAUUCUCAACUUCAUUUCCACUUACGUUCUUACUUUUUUAUUGUACUUUCGUAUGACUUUAAUUUUUUUGUGUACAAAAAUUUAAAAAAUCUUCUAACGAAGCACUAAACUUGAAUUUUUUUACCACCUAAACAACUGUAAAAAACCACUUUUCUACUGAUGCAUUUUUUUAAUUUUGGUGCAUUUAUAAUGAGAUAUGAGUUCAGAAAAGUGCGACAUAUGGACGAUAUCAGAGAAAAUCAAAAUAUAUUUUUACGCUUGUGCACUGGCUUGAGAAAAAGGGAGAACAGUGAUUUUGUAAUUUGUCCAAGGGUGAAAAUGUCGCCAAAGGGCCUUGAUGCCGUUAGUCGGUUGUGGCCCUGCGCCCGUCUCAGUGGCGUAACGAGAGGCCUGUUUACAAGGGUCCCGGCAAUGCCAACUUUGAAAGAGUUCGCUUCCUGGGCCCCUCCCUGGUUACGCCACUGGCCCGUCAACGUGUGUGCCAUUAGUGUCGAUUAAUUUAUUCUCGUGGACUUCUCUUGGAACCUUUAAAGUGUCAGUGUAAUGUAUGUAUGGGUUUUUUUAAUACAUGCGCAACCGGCAACUCGAGCCAGUUUUAUACGCUGCCAUCAGACUGAUUUUUAUUGCACUGGUUGUUUGAUAUGAAAUCCUAUUUUUGUAAAUGUUUCGAUUUGUUGAUGUAUCUAUAUUUUAUCGUGUCCAAGACACCUGAAUAGUUUUUAACAUUAGAGACAAGUUAACAAAAAUGGCUUUAAUUAAUAAUUAAUAGGUAUUAUAACUGUUUUAAACUUGUUGCCAAAUAACACAUUUUAAAACUCUUUUAUACAUUCCGUACUAGUGUUUUUGUUCUUUUUAUAUAAUUAUUAAAAAUUGUUGAGUGGUUUAAAUUGUAUUUUUGUUGAUGCAACAAAAGUUGUCAAUAGUCCAAUACAAAAGUCAAUACAAGUCUCCAAACGCACACUCUGGGCAGAAAAAAACAGGACCGUUUGGCGAACUUUUGUCAGAAAGAAGCUGUUUUAUCGAGAAUGCCUUAACGAAGUGUCUUGAGCAACUAACAUGUAAGAUUAGAAAAACAAAUCCAGUCGAUUAUCUGCGAGGCCAUUGUUCCAUAGUUACCAACAGUGUUGGGAUUCUCAUUUCUCGUUUAGUUUUCUUUAAUUCAAAUUCAAGUUCAAAUUUUGUGCCAUUUGUAUGUUGUGAGCUGCAUAUUUUUAGACUUGUGCCAUAACACAAACACAGUGAAUCGGAGAGAAAACCGCUUCCCAACACUGGUUACCGCGUUGCGACGGAUUCUGUCGCACGACUUGAGCACUCUGACUGUCCCCCAUCAAAAUAUCAAUGUUAGUUGGUGGCGCUGUCCACUCUAAAAACAAGCGUACAAAUACCAUAGGCCUAAUUUCAUUCAACUAUUUACUAUAUUGUAAUAAUUAUAUACCAUGCGGAUGUAUAUAAUGAAUUUUGUAAAUAUCGACUAUCAAAUAACGUUAACUCUGUACAUACUAUUGAAACAUUUGAUUGAUCUUGUUGAUCCCGGCUGUUGUCAUAAUUGUUGUUGCUGUGCCUCCAGAGGCGCGAUUUUGAUUACUCCCUUCCACGCACUUUGAUGACUAUCUAUUUUUAUAUCCCGAAUAUUAGGUGUUACCUUUAUCAAAAAUGAAAUUUCUUAUUCGACUCAUGAGGCUGUUGUAUUGUGAAUGUGAUAUUUGAAUACAUGGAUAUUGUAAAUUAUUAUCACAGACAUCCCCUAUUUAUUUGUACAUGUUGUCAAAAAUCAACUGAGUUAAGAGAGAAAACUGUUCAAGUCGAUGUAUUAUAUUCAUAAGUGGUUGUGCUCAGCUCUAUGAAAUCUCACUUGAUCAGACAAAUAUAAACUGCUGAUUAAAUUAAA